GACCGAAGAGGAGCAGGAGAAGAAGGAAGAGGCAAAGGAGAAGGAGGAGAAGGAGGAGAAGGAGAAGGAGAAGGGCGCUGCGGCCCAGGCCGGGGAUGGCGCCGACACGCCGGCGUCCCGAGAGCCCGGAGCCGGGGCCGCGGCCGAGGGCGAGGGGGCCGGGGCGCCGGCGGAGGAGAAGGCCCCCGGGGCGGAGGAGCCCCCCUCCCCGCUGCUGGAGCUGAGCAGCCCCCCGGCCGAGGCGGAGGAGCGGGAGGCGACGAGGAGCGCGAAGCGGGUGGUGAUGGUCGACACGGAGGCGCAGCGGCGGCAGGAGGAGCUGCUGCGGGCGGAGCUGCUGGACCAGUACCGGCGGCUGAUGAGCGAGCGGACCCGGCUGCAGCAGGUCAACCUGCACCUGCAGCACCGGCUGGCCGAGGCCCUGCUCAAGAAGAAGGGCGGCCCGCCGGCGGGGGCCGAGGCGGCCCCGGCCGCGACGCCGACGACGACGCCGACGGGGUCGGGGCCGGGGCCGGGGCCGGGGCCGGGGCCGGGGCCCGACCCGCAGGGCGAGGAGAAGGAGCGGGCCUACCACCGGUGCCUGGCCACCCUGGAGGAGCUGCGCCGCCAGCAGAACGACGACCUGCGCUGGUACCGGGAGGAGCUGGGCCUCCUGCGGGAGCGCUGCGCCGACCGGCUGGCCCGCGUGCGGCGCGACUGGCUCGGCUUCCAGAGGCUGAAGAGGGAGGUGGCCCUGCGGGCCAUGGGCGGCUACCGGGCCCGGGGCGGGCGCGACGAGGCGGUCCGCCGGGUGGAGCGGCUGCAGGCCCUGGAGGAGCGCAAGGAGGAGGAGAUGAGCGCGGGCGCGGCUGAGCACGUGCAGCUGCGCCAGGGCCGUGCACCACUUCCGGACCCGCGGCCCGGGCGCAGGAGGAGGCGGGCCCGGGGCCUCCACCUCAUCGACUUCGAGCAGCUGAAGAUCGAGAACCAGACCUUCUCCGAGAAGGUGGACGAGCGCCACGAGGAGCUGCAGAAGCUCCGCCGCAAGACCACCCGACACGGUGCGGGGUGCUCACCCACCUCAAGGAGAAGGCUGCGGGCCGUGGAGGCGGACAACGGGGCCCGGCGCGCCCAGCUGCGGGAGGCCGAGGAGCGGGCGGCGGCGGAGGACGCCCUGGCCGACGCCAAGCGGGCCCGCGACGCCCUGCGCCUCCGCAACGGCGCCCUGCGCCGGCGCUGCGGCCUGCUGGGCAUGGACGGCCUGCUGCGCGGCCUGGAGGACCACGUCGACCGCGCCGACCGCCUGCGCCGCCGCCGGGACGCCCUGCGCGGCCGCCACGCCCGCCUGGCCCUCGCCUGCCACCGCGUCGCGCAGAAGAUCCGGAGGGCCGCCCCGCUUAGGGUAGGACCCCGGCAGCAUCAGCUUUGGGAGGCGGACGCGGGGCUGGAGAAAGUGCAGGGAAAGCCUUCUAACUGCAGGCUCCUCCUCACAACGAACGGGACCCAGACCGUUCAGAACUGA